CUCUUUGGUGCUAAGACUAUUGGUCGGAGAAGUCCUGAUGGACCAGUGUUGAGCAAAGCUGAAUUUGUUGAGAAAGUUCGUCAGAGUAACCAGGCCUGUCAUGAUGGAGAUUUUCAUACAGCUAUUGUUCUGUACAAUGAAGCCCUGGCUGUUGACCCUCAGAACUGCAUCUUAUACAGCAAUAGAUCUGCAGCCUAUAUGAAAAUCCAGCAGUAUGACAAGGCACUGGACGAUGCAAUCAAAGCUCGACUUCUCAAUCCCAAAUGGCCAAAGGCAUACUUCCGACAGGGUGUUGCCCUCCAGUACCUCGGACGUCAUGCCGAUGCCCUGGCAGCCUUUGCAUCUGGACUGGCUCAGGACCCCAAGAGUCUCCAGCUUCUGGUGGGGAUGGUAGAAGCGGCCAUGAAAUCUCCCAUGAGAGACUCCCUCGAGCCCACUUAUCAGCAGCUUCAGAAAAUGAAACUGGACAAGAGCCCCUUUGUGGUCGUAUCUGUGGUUGGGCAGGAACUCCUGACAGCUGGCCAUCAUGGCGCCUCUGUGGUUGUCUUAGAAGCUGCUCUCAAGAUUGGCACCUGCAGCCUCAAACUGAGAGGUUCGGUUUUCUCCGCCCUGAGCAGUGCUUACUGGUCUCUUGGAAACACAGAGAAGAGUACUGGAUACAUGCAGCAGGACUUGGAUGUAGCCAAGACCUUAGGUGACCAGACAGGAGAAUGCCGAGCUCAUGGGAAUCUGGGCUCUGCAUUCUUCUCCAAAGGAAAUUAUCGGGAGGCUCUCACUAACCACAGGCACCAGUUGGUGCUCGCCAUGAAACUCAAGGAUCGAGAGGCAGCUUCAUCAGCCCUGAGCAGUCUGGGCCACGUGUACACAGCCAUUGGUGACUACCCCAAUGCACUGGCCAGUCACAAACAGUGUGUUCUUCUUGCCAAGCAAUCCAAAGAUGAGCUUUCAGAGGCCCGAGAACUUGGCAACAUGGGAGCUGUGUAUAUUGCCAUGGGUGACUUUGAGAACGCUGUGCAGUGCCAUGAGCAGCAUCUGAAGAUAGCCAAGGACCUGGGGAACAAGCGAGAAGAGGCCCGGGCCUACAGUAACCUGGGCAGUGCCUAUCACUACAGGAGAAACUUUGACAAGGCCAUGUCUUAUCACAACUACGUGCUGGAGCUGGCACAGGAGUUGAUGGAGAAGGCCAUUGAGAUGCGGGCCUAUGCCGGCCUGGGCCAUGCUGCCAGGUGCAUGCAGGAUUUGGAGAGAGCUAAACAGUACCAUGAGCAGCAGCUGGGCAUUGCUGAAGAUCUCAAGGACCGGGCUGCAGAGGGGCGAGCGUCCUCCAAUCUGGGAAUCAUACACCAGAUGAAAGGCGAUUAUGAUACUGCACUGAAACUCCACAAGACCCACCUGUGCAUCGCCCAGGAGCUGAGUGACUACGCUGCCCAGGGCCGUGCCUAUGGGAACAUGGGUAAUGCCUACAGUGCUCUGGGCAUGUACGACCAGGCUGUCAAGUACCACCGGCAGGAGCUGCAGAUCUCCAUGGAAGUGAAUGACCGUGCCUCCCAGGCAUCCACACACGGGAACCUGGCUGUGGCUUACCAGGCCCUGGGUGCCCAUGACCGGGCCCUGCAACAUUAUCAGAACCACCUGAACAUUGCUCGGGAGCUUCGUGACAUCCAGAGCGAGGCCCGGGCCCUCAGCAACCUGGGCAACUUCCACUGCUCUCGGGGGGAGUAUGUCCAGGCCGCCCCCUAUUAUGAACAGUACCUGCGUCUCACUCCUGACCUUCAAGACAUGGAAGGAGAAGGGAAGGUCUGCCACAAUCUCGGCUAUGCCCAUUACUGCCUUGGAAAUUACCAGGAGGCGGUAAAGUACUAUGAGCAGGAUCUGGCGCUGGCCAAAGACCUUCACGACAAAUUGAGCCAGGCGAAAGCUUACUGCAACUUGGGCCUAGCCUUCAAGGCUCUGCUGAACUUCAGCAAAGCUGAAGAGUGUCAAAAGUACCUACUGUCCCUCGCCCAGUCCCUGAAUAAUUCCCAGGCUAAAUUUCGAGCCCUAGGGAACCUGGGUGAUAUAUUCAUCUGUAAAAAAGAUAUAAACGGUGCAAUAAAAUUCUAUGAGCAGCAGCUGGGCUUAGCUCACCAUGUAAAGGACAGAAGACUGGAAGCCAGUGCGUAUGCAGCACUGGGCACGGCGUACCGCAUGAUCCAGAAAUACGACAAGGCCUUGGGUUAUCACACGCAGGAACUAGAGGUCUAUCAGGAGCUGAGCGAUUUGCCGGGGGAGUGCAGAGCUCACGGGCACCUGGCUGCUGUCUACAUGGCCCUGGGGAAAUACACAAUGGCGUUCAAGUGUUACGAAGAGCAGCUGGAUCUAGGGCAGAAGCUGAAGGACCCCAGUCUGGAAGCCCAGGUCUAUGGCAACAUGGGCAUCACAAAGAUGAACAUGAAUGUGAUGGAAGAAGCCAUCGGCUACUUCGAGCAGCAGCUGGCCAUGCUGCAGCAGCUAAGUGGAAAUGAGUCUGUGCUCGACAGGGGCCGGGCCUACGGCAACCUGGGAGAUUGCUACGAGGCCCUGGGUGACUAUGAGGAAGCUAUCAAGUACUACGAGCAGUAUCUGUCUGUUGCCCAGAGUCUUAAUCGCAUGCAAGACCAAGCCAAGGCUUACCGGGGGCUAGGAAAUGGACACAGGGCAAUGGGGAGCUUGCAGCAGGCCCUCGUGUGCUUUGAAAAGAGGCUCGUGGUCGCCCAUGAGCUCGGGGAGGCCUUUAAUAAAGCCCAGGCCUAUGGAGAGCUAGGAAGUCUGCACAGCCAAUUAGGGAAUUACGAACAAGCCAUUUCCUGUCUGGAACGCCAACUGAACAUUGCUAGAGAGAUGAAAGAUCGAGCGCUGGAAAGUGACGCGGCCUGUGGCCUCGGUGGCGUUUACCAGCAGAUGGGGGAGUAUGAUACAGCCCUGCAGUACCACCAGCUUGACCUGCAGAUAGCAGAGGAAACCAAUAACCCCACGUGCCAGGGGCGAGCCUAUGGGAACCUGGGCCUGACAUACGAAUCCCUGGGCACCUUCGAGAGGGCUGUGGUCUAUCAAGAACAGCACUUGAGCAUCGCGGCACAGAUGAAUGACCUGGUGGCCAAGACGGUGUCAUAUAGCAGCCUUGGAAGGACCCAUCAUGCCUUGCAGAACUAUUCCCAGGCAGUAAUGUACUUACAGGAAGGUUUAAGGUUAGCUGAGCAACUGGGCCGAAGAGAAGAUGAAGCCAAAAUUCGCCACGGUCUUGGUCUGUCCCUUUGGGCUAGUGGGAAUCUGGAGGAAGCCCAACACCAGCUCUACAGGGCAUCGGCCUUGUUUGAAACAAUCCGACAUGAGGCGCAGCUGAGCACGGACUACAAACUGUCCCUCUUUGACCUGCAGACUUCCUCCUACCAGGCCUUGCAGCGGGUGCUUGUCAGCCUUGGCCAUCAUGAUGAAGCCCUGGCUGUGGCAGAAAGAGGACGGACGAGGGCAUUUGCCGAUCUUCUGGUAGAACGACAGACAGGACAGCAGGACUCCGACCCAUACUCCCCAGUCACCAUUGAUCAGAUCUUAGAGAUGGUUAAUGGCCAGAGGGCACUAGUGCUUUACUAUUCCCUAGCCGCUGGCUACCUGUAUAGCUGGCUGCUUGCUCCUGGGGCAGGAAUUCUGAAGUUUCACGAACACUACCUGGGUGAUAACACAGCGGAAAACUCGGGCGACUUCCAGACUGCCAGUAGUGCGGCCCUUCCAACAGCCACGAGCUCGGCCCUGGAGCAGCACAUCGCCAGUGUGCGGGAGGCCCUGGGGGUGGAGUCUUACUACUCAAGGCCCUGUGCCAGCAGUGAGACAGAGAGCGAAGCCGGAGACCUCACGGACCAGCAGUUUGAAGAGAUGAACAACAAGCUCAACUCGGUUACCGACCCCACUGGCUUUCUGCGGAUGGUUCGCCGCAAUAACCUCUUUAACAGCACCCUGACCCUGGUGCAGGCCCACACGACAGAGCUGCAGGCCUCAGAGAGGCUGCCCCUUAUCCUGCAGAGUGUUCUGGAACUUAUGCUGAAGACUGGAAGGCCAGUGCCCGUGUGCAUGUGGCGGGGGCCCGGUGCAGGGACCCCGCAGGCCUGUCCCAUCGAGGGCAGCAGCACGUGUGGAAUAGUUGUGGAUCCUGGCCAGGCCCAGGAGGGAAAGCUGCCUUUUGGUCUUUUCUCAGGAAACGACCCAGCUGCCACCACCGCCAGCAGCCCAGAGUAUUUACCAAAGCUCGGAGACCAGACUCCGGGAGGCCCAGGGAGGCGCGGGGCUGUGCACACGCCCACCGUGGUCAGCAGCGAGCGCGCCAUCGGCGUGGGCCCCGAGCAGAUCCAAGAGGGCUGUGCCCGUGGCUCUGUCUCACCCUGCGGGACUGCUUCCCCACCUCCCACCUGUCGUCCGAGGGUCUUGCCAGAGCAGCUCAUGCCAGGGCCGUGCUGUCUGCCGAGAACAGAUCCGUCGGCCCCUGCCACCGCAGUCCUUAACAGACCCCACGGAGAGCCCAGAGUGCCUGCAUCUGUGGGGGCCCGGCUCUCAGACAGGGAGGACGUGCUUGACGGGCCCUUGGACAGCAGGCCGCCGGCCUUCCCAGCCCACACGUCCUGGCCGCUGUGUGCAGCCAGGUGGGAGGAAAUGCAGAAGCAUUUGGCCAAGGACACGUGGCACUCGCCCGGUAUUUUUCAGGAGGCCGUGCCCCCUGCCUGGGCCCUCCAGACUUCCCUCACUCAGGGAGCCAGGGGUGGCCGGCCGUCUGGACUCCUGUCUGACGCUACCCUCCCCUGGCUGGGUGACCUUGGCCAAGCUGUUUCUCCUCCUCAAGUACCUGUGUCCUCAUUAGAAAAUGAGGACGACCCCACAGAGUGUGUCAGCAGCUGGCACAGGGCCUGGGACACGUUGACACUCAGUGAUGUUGGUGGAAUGCUGCACUUGCUGUUUGGGACUAGUCUGUCAUAUGAAGCAGAGGACCCAAGGCACAAAUCAGCCCUUGGGUUUUCUGUGGCCACUUUGCGGCACUUGAGAGCUUUCCCGGAGGUACUUGUUGACAUGUGUUGGGGACACACCGUCCCGGACACGGAGGAGGAGGUGCGAAGCGGGUGGCUAUCCCGUGUGGGAAUGUCAGGUGGGAUGGGCUGCAGCGACGCCUCCUCAGAGGGCCGCCUAGUGACAACGAAGCUCCCUGUACAUGGAGGGUGCAGGCGGAUCCUCCGAACCCUGGUGACCUGUGUGCAGCACAUAGCUCUUAAGCCAGAAGCCAGGACACAGGCAUCAUGGAGUUUACCCAAGAAAAGGUGGACACCAGGGAAGGCCUACCUCUGCACAUCCAUCGGAGGCUCCUCAGCAGAGAACGUAUGGCAGGUGCUUAUAGCCGACAUGAGCCGUGCUUUCCUGUCUGACCUCGGGCGGGGCCCUCCCCAGCCUGCCUUCCACGUCUCUCCCCAGCCUUGUUCUCUGCUGACCUCACGGGCCUCCUCUGCCCGGGCCAGGCCCUCCCCAGCCCUCACAAGCCAAGGCGGCCUCCUGGCAGGGCCGUCGUCAUGUCCUGGGUGGUCUUCCUGGCUGAUGGAGAAGCUGCCACCUGAAUUUUUAAAAAGUGAAAGAGCCACAGGGGGUUUGUACGGACUGAAUGUCCCGCCGGGCACAUGUCACUUUGGGUUAGCUGAGUGCCUUCUGCAGCCUCGGUCGAGCGCCCGCAGCAGCACGUCAGACGGAUUAGGCGCGCACAUUCACUCCUGCGGAGCACAGGCCAGCAGGGGUGGGGGUGACGGGCGUCUGGCUGUGACUGUCCCCAGAGCCAGGGUCAGGGCCAGGGCCAGGGCCAGCCGGCAGCCGGAUGCCCCGUGCUCUCACUCAGUCUUCUCCCCGGGUAGGCUCCGGGUGGCGUCCCCUUGUGUGGCAGUGGCCUUGGCUUCGUCUCUGUUCACACUCAGCCUGGGCCCAGUAACGGUGUCACAGAGGAAUCACGCCUACACUGCUCUUAGGGUUUUCGGACCAACGUGGCAUCCUCUGGCUUGGCCCUCGUGCUUCCUGGGUGCAUCCGUGUAUGUGGCUCGGCAACGCCCGGUGCAGGCAGGUCCCCACCUGCCGGGCCCCGGCUCAGGUGUCCACGCUUCCCGACAGGGCCUGAUGCACUCCAGCGGCCCCGUGGGCCGGCACCGGCAGCUGGUCCUGGUCCUGGAGGGGGAGCUCUACCUCAUCCCCUUCGCCCUCCUGAAGGGAAGCUCCUCCAACGAGUACCUGUACGAGCGCUUCGCCCUCAUCGCCGUGCCGUCCAUCCGCUCCCUCAGCCCACAGGCCAAGUCUCACCUGAGGAAGAACCCGCCCACGUCCUCCAGCUCCACGUCCAUGGCGGCCGUGGUCGGUAACCCGAAGCUCCCGCCGGCGGUGAUGGACAGGUGGCUGUGGGGGCCGAUGCCGUCGGCUGAGGAGGAAGCCUACAUGGUGUCAGAGCUGCUGGGCUGCCAGCCCCUGGUGGGCAGCGUGGCCACCAAGGAGAGGGUCAUGAGCGCCCUGACCCAGGCCGAGUGCGUCCACUUCGCCACCCACAUCUCUUGGAAACUGUCGGCCUUGGUCCUCACCCCCGGCGCUGACGGCAACCCGGCCGGCGGCAAGAGCUCCUUCGGCCACCCCUACACGAUCCCCGAGUCCCUGCGGGUGCAGGACGACGCCAGCGACGGGGACAGCAUCUCGGACUGUCCGCCCCUGCAGGAGCUGCUGCUCACGGCCGCCGACGUCCUGGACCUGCGGCUUCCCGUGAAGCUGGUGGUCCUCGGCUCCUCUCAGGAGUCCCACAGCAAGGUCACGGCGGACGGGGUCGUCGCGCUGACGCGGGCCUUCCUGGCUGCCGGCGCACAGUGUGUCCUCGUGUCCCUGUGGCCCGUGCCUGUGGCCGCUUCCAAGAUGUUUCUCCACGCCCUCUACUCAUCCCUGCUGAACGGCCUGAAAGCCAGUGCUGCCCUGGGGGAGGCCAUGAAGGCGGUGCAGAGCAGCAAGGCCUUCUCGCACCCAUCCAACUGGGCAGGGUUCCUGCUCAUCGGGAGCGACGUUAAGCUCAACAGCCCCUCGUCGCUCAUCGGCCAGGCCCUCACGGAGAUCCUCCAGCACCCGGAGCGCGCACGGGACGCCCUGCGAGUGCUGCUGCACCUGGUGGAGAAGUCCCUGCAGCGCAUCCAGAACGGGCAGCGCAACGCCAUGUACACGUCCCAGCAGAGUGUGGAGAACAAAGUGGGCGGCAUCCCCGGCUGGCAGGCCCUCCUCACCGCCGUGGGCUUCCGGCUGGACCCCCCUGCCAGCGGCCUGCCCGCAGCGGUCUUCUUCCCGACCUCCGACCCGGGCGACCGGCUCCAGCAUUGCAGCAGCACGAUCCAGUCCCUGCUGGGUCUGCCCAACCCUGCCCUCCAAGCCCUCUGCAAGCUCAUCACUGCCUCGGAGACUGGCGAGCAGCUCAUCAGCCGGGCUGUUAAAAAUAUGGUUGGAAUGCUCCACCAGGUGCUGGUUCAGCUGCAGGCGGGCGAGAAGGAGCAGGACUUCGCCUCGGCCCCCAUCCAGGUGUCCAUCAGCGUCCAGCUGUGGCGGCUCCCGGGCUGUCAUGAGUUCCUGGCGGCUCUAGGGUUCGAUCUCUGUGAAGUGGGUCAGGAGGAAGUAAUCCUGAAAACCGGGAAACAAGCCAACCGGCGAACCGUGCACUUUGCCCUGCAGUCUCUGCUCGCGCUCUUCGAUUCUACCGAGCUGCCCAAGCGCCUCAGCCUCGACAGCUCAUCCUCCCUGGAGUCUCUGGCCUCGGCCCAGUCCGUCUCCAAUGCCCUGCCCCUGAGCUACCAGCACCCGCCCUUCUCCCCCACCGGUGCGGACAGCAUCGCCUCGGAUGCCAUCUCCGUGUACAGCCUGAGCUCCAUCGCCUCCUCCAUGAGCUUCGUCUCCAAGCCCGAGGCGGGGUCGGAAGGCGGGGGCCCCCGCGGCCGGCAGGACUACGACCGGUCCAAGAACGCCUACCCGCAGCGGUCCACCCUGCCUCGGGGCCAGCUGUCCCCCCAGACCCGCCCUGCGGGCGGCAAAGAUGAAGAAGAAUACGAGGGCUUCUCCAUCAUCAGCACCGAGCCGUUGGCGGCCUACCCGGAAAACCGGAAGCUGCGCUUCUCGCCGGAUCACAAGCAGUCGCGAGUGGGGACGGCCGGGGGCGUGAAGGUUUCGGUAAGCUCCAAGGGCAGCGUGAGCACACCCAACUCUCCGGUUAAAAUGACUCUGAUUCCCAGCCCCAACUCUCCCUUCCAAAAGGUUGGCAAACUAGCAAGUUCAGACACGGGAGAAUCGGACCAGUCGAGCACAGAAACCGACAGCACCGUGAAAUCCCAAGAAGAGAGCAACCCAAAGCUCGAUCCACAAGAGUUGGCCCAGAAAAUUCUAGAGGAGACGCAAAGUCAUCUCAUCGCGGUGGAGCGGCUGCAGAGGGGCGGCGGCCAGGGCAGCAAGAACAGUCACCCGGAGGACGGCGGCGGCCCCGGGCCCAACGGCGGGGCCGUCUUCAGGGCGUCAGAGACCAGCGCGUUCAGCAGGCCUCCCCUCUCGCACCCCAAGGGUCAGCCAUCACCGGUCGCUGCUAAACCAAAGCCCCCAGCCAGAAUGUCUGUCUUCCAGUGUCGGGGUCAGGGCGCGAACGGGACACCCUUGCUGUCUGUCGGGGUGAAGGCGGAAAAGGCCCUAUGA